GGUCCAUUCCAGGAUUUCAUCAUAUCAUAUCAAGUAGCAGCAACCUGGCGACGCUUCCAUGUAGGAAAUCAAGAGAGCAAACUCAUCUCAUCCCAUGGCUCAGCCUCCAGGUAAGCUGAUGGACACAAUCAGAAGGCCGGUCACAGCAGCUUCAUCUCUUGGCCAAUCAGCGGCAAAUCAUCUCCAGCCACUGGUCACAUUGGCUCAGAGGAAUGGAGUUAACAGGAGGUGCCUCCUCACUCUGCUGGCAUCCGCCGCAGCCAUACCCGAGGCCAGUGAAUCAAGAAAGGCGCUAUUGCAAGAUUAUGUGAAGAGGUCAAAGGAAAACAAAGAGAAGAAUGACAAGGAGAGGCUGGACGACUUUUACAAGAGGAAUUACAAGGAUUAUUUCGGUUUCAUGGAAGGCUCGGUUAGAGAGAAGCCAGCGGAGGAGCUCACGGAGUCGGAGAAAGGAAUUCUUGCGUGGCUUGACAAGAACAAGUAGCCAGCUGCAUGAGAGGAGAACCACGCCAACCACCAAAUAGCUGAAACACCUUUUGUAUAGGAAAACUCCUUCCACGGUGAAGUUCAGCUUAUCAUGCGUGUAGUAGCACAAAUCUUUGCUUGAUCUCAUAUUAUGUUUCAUUUUUUGCAAAAUCAGAGAUUUUUGAAAGUUUUAGAAUUCAGGACAGGGAAAAUAAAAAAUUAUCCCAUCCCAAAUUCCCAAUCCACAUA